ACCAUUGACCAAUCUGGCCGGAGGCUUUUGAGAGCAGCAGCGGCGGCAGUCUCAGCCGUGGCUACUCCACCAUGCCUGCGUGCCCUGCUAGCCACGCUCUCGCUGAUGGAGCUCGUGCACGGUGCACCGGCGCCUUCUCCCGUGCUGGCCAACACGGAUGCGGCCGACCGCCAUAGACUUCCAGGAUGUGUUCUCCCCUUCCGUGUCUACCCUGGCCGCGCAGCCACCCACCUCGUUGACCAUGUGCUGUUCGCGUACUCGCUAACUACGUGGUCGCCGGAGCUUCCCGAGGUCGGGUUCGCCGGAAUUGAAGACGCCGGCGGUGCUCGGCCCGGUCUUCGUCGGGGUGGUCGCUCCCGAGCUUUCCAACCUCGAUGGAGGCAUAUAGGAGGUGCGAAUCGUCCCUAUGAUUUUCCUACAGCGGCGUUGCUUCCUCCGUAGGCAAUUGCUCGCCGGAGUGGCUCGCAGCUCAAUUUCGUGGCCAUACAACUUUAAGAUAAAUUGCGGAAGUUGGACUCGAACUCGAUGCCGUGGGCUCUAAUAGCAUGUCAAUCUUCAAGCAGUGGUGAAUGCAACCAAAAGUUUAAAGUUUAAACUGAUGCAAGGCAAUCCACAUAUACACAUCUACAAUAUCCACUAUGUUGACAGGUACACGCAGGUGGAACAAACCACUUCAAAGUGCUGAUGGAUAAGUUCCGAUACGUCUCGACGGCUUUCCUGGAACUGGAUCAAGGAUAUCAAAAGCCAAUUGAAGAAAUCACUAGGCUAAUGGGAGCAGGAAUGGCAAAAUUUAUAUGUCAGGAGGUUGAAACUAUUGAUGACUAUGAUGAGUAUUGCCACUAUGUAUCAGGGCUAGUAGGCUAUGGACUUUCUAGGCUCUUUCAUGCUGCUGGGACAGAAGAUCUGGCUUCAGACCAGCUUUCAAAUUCAAUGGGUUUGUUCCUGCAGAAAAACAGUAUAAUAAGGGAUUAUUUGGAGGACAUAAAUGAGAUACCAAAGUGCCGUAUGUUCUGGCCUCGAGAAAUAUGGAGUAAAUAUGUUGAUAAGCUUGAGGGCCUCAAGUAUGAGGAAAAUUCAGAAAAAGCAGUGCAAUGCUUGAAUGAUAUGGUGACUAAUGCUUUGAUCCACGCUGAAGAUUGCCUUCAAUACAUGUCAUUGUUGAAAGAUUAUACCAAUUUUCGCCUUUGUGCAAUACCUCAGGUAACGGCAAUUGGGACAUUUGCUAUUUUCUACAAUAAUGUGAAUAUCUUUAGAGGAGCUGUUAAGAUGAGGCGUGGGCUAAUUGCACGAAUAAUUGAUGAGACAAGAUCAAUGACAGAUGUAUAUUCUGCUUUCUAUGAGUUCUCUUCAUUGCUAGAAUCGAAGAUUAAUGAUAACGACCCAAGUGCUGCGCUGACACGGAAGCGUGUGGAUGCAAUAAAGAAAACUUGCAAGUCAUCCGGUUUGCUAAAGAGAAGGGGAUAUGACCUGGAAAAGUCGAAGUAUAGUUCUAUGCUGAUCAUGCUUGCACUUCUUCUGGUGGCUAUUAUCUUUGGUGUACUAACGCCAAGUGAUUCGGUCAACAUGGUCCUUGUAUAUUCUAAGUGACACCACCUAUCCUUGUAAGGCAAUCUGUUUCUUAGUAACGAACUGACAAUAUUUCGUUUGUAACCUUUGAUUCUGGCAAACUCCGCACUUCACAACGCCGAUUCUGAAUUGCAUCGCGUAAGUUUCACAUGUGUACCUGCUGAUUGCAUACGGAUAUGGGUGCGUGUAGUAUUGUGCUACCAAUACCAUGAUGGCAUUCUCUUUACUUUUCAUGUGGAGUAUGUUGUUUCAGUGUGAAGCUGUCUGGAUUUUGGAGAAACCUGUAACAUAUAUGCCACGAAUUCGGUAUAGCGCCUUGUUUGAUGAGGACCACUAAGCAUAUCCUGUUCAUUUGUGACUUAUAUACGUGAUGAAAAUAUUGUUUUCAAUGCUAUAUGUGCAAUUUCAAUAUAA